AUGACGAUCGAUUCGCAGCAGAAGACGAGCAAGUUCCGAUGGGGAGAAAUGGACGAGGACGACGAUCUGGAUUUCCUUCUCCCUCCGAAGCAGGUGAUUGGCCCAGACGAUAACGGUCUGAAGACGGUGAUCGAGUACAGAUUCAACGAGGAGGGCAAUAAGGUCAAGAUCACGACCAGAUCUCGCGUCCGUAAGCUGGCUUCCGCGCGGCUCAGCAAACACGCCAAGGAGCGGAGGAACUGGCCUAAGUUCGGCGACGCAACCAAUGAGGAAGCUGGUAGCCAUCUCACCAUGGUCUCUACCGAAGAGAUUCUUAUGGAACGACCCAGAGCUCCUGGUGCCAAAGCGGAUGAAGCAAAGACAGGAGCAGACGGGCUGUCUAAAAAUGCAGGUGCAGUCCUAAUGGUGUGCAGGACAUGCCACAAGAAAGGUGAUCACUGGACAUCAAAAUGUCCUUACAAGGACCUGGCAGCAGCAACCGAUGUCUUCAACGAGAAGCCACCCACUGGAGAAACAUCUACCGUAUCCGCUGCAGCUGGAACUGGCAAGGCCGCUUAUGUCCCGCCUAGCAUGAGACCAGGUGCAGACAGAGCCGCUGGUUCUGACAUGAGGAGAAGGAACGAUGAGAACUCCGUGCGUGUCACUAACUUGUCUGAAGACACCCGUGAACCUGACUUGAUGGAGCUCUUCCAUCCGUUUGGAUCUGUGACGCGUGUCUAUGUGGCCAUUGAUCAGAAAACUGGAGUCAGCAGAGGAUUUGGUUUCGUCAAUUUCGUGAGCAGAGAAGACGCUCAACGAGCCAUCAACAAGUUGAAUGGUUAUGGUUAUGAUAACCUCAUCCUCAGGGUUGAGUGGGCCACUCCAAGACCAACCUAG